CUGGUCGUCACCAUCCGUGAAACAUGUUUGCGAGUGUGCAUCUGUCGACGUUUUAUUGACAAGAGGAUAUUGGCCUCUUUCCAAGGCGAACUUUCGAGCCAGGAGCCGCGCAGAGAGCGAUUGCUCGUGUCGUUUCAUCCACGGGGCAUCGCUGUGCUCAACACGAGCAAACGACGCAGGGUCAGUGCACCUGUGUGUGAGGUGAUCUUCAGAUGGAUCAUCAUGACUGGCAGCGAGGGAGGAGUCGAGGUCACAGACGCUACGACGACGAUGACGAGGCCCAGCCCGUCUACAUCGGUGUUCCAGUUUCCCACAGACGGAAACGGCGCAGACAUCACUCCUACGCCAGCGACGCUGACCGAGACUCGCGGCACUCGCACUACGAUCGCCACACGCACCGCGAGCACUCGCACCGGGGAUAUUACCACGACAGAGAGGAGGAGCACUACGACGACGACGAGGGCGGUGCAGAGCGCCACGAGCUCUCCGACCCCUCAG